CGAUGCUGCGCGCACGCGGAGGGCGCGCUCGCGCAGAAAGGGGCGUGGUCUUCACUGGCGCGGAGGGGCGGGGCGGUCCCAGGGUGA